AGACGAAGAAAAAAUUUAAAACAAUUUUUUUAAAUUUAAAACUCCAAAUAAAAUUAACAUCACAUGUUAACAAAUUAAUGAGAUCAAAAUAUGUUAGUUUUGAGUUUUCAUUCUCUUUCUCUUUCUCCAAGAAACUAAUACUACUUAAGCUAAAGAACAAACACUUCUCUCAAAGUUUCUCCAAAGCCCUUUAUUAGAUAACACAUAAAGAGAUCUAAAGAGAGAGUGUAGAGAGAGAAGGGGAUGAAUAGAGGAGUUUCGGAAAGUUCGCCGGUUCUUCAACAGAUGAUGGCGGCCGGAAACCCUAAUUGGUGGAAAGAAAGCGGUGACAUGAGGCCACCACCACCGUUAAUGGGUCAUCAGCAAGGGCCAUUGCCGCCACAAAUGACAAAUAACAACAAUUAUCUCCGACCUCGAAUGAUGCCGACUCUCUUGCCGCACUUUUUACCAUAUCCGUCGACUUCUUCUUCACCAUCUUUGCCUAAUAACCCUAAUCUCUCUUCUUGGCUUGAAAGAAAUGAUCUCCCUCCUGAGUCUUGGAGCCUUAGCCAACUUCUUUUGGGUGGAUUAAUGAUGGGAGAGGAAGAGAGAUUGGAGAUAAUGAACCAUCAUAAUCAUCAUGAUGGACAACAACACCAUAGUUUUCAAGGGAAGAUGAGACUAGAGAACUGGGAAGAACAAGUCCUAAGCCACCAAGAAGCUUCGAUGGGGGUUGUUGACAUCAAACAAGAGAGUAUCAUUAACAACAACAAUGGCCAUCAUCUCAUAUGUUCUCCAAAUUCACCUCCUAACAAGUCUUGUGUCACAACCACAACCACAACAAGCCUCAAUAGCACCGACGAUAACAACAACAACAGUAUGUUUGAUUUCUCUAGCAAUCACAAUGGUCUUAAUUUUUCCGAGGGUAGACACACUCCCCCGGAUCAAUCUUCUGAGUGUAACAGCUUAGAUAUUGGUGGGUCUACUAAUAAGAAGCCAAGGCUUCAACCUUCUCCUUCGUCACAGUCAACCCUCAAGGUGAGAAAGGAGAAACUAGGAGGACGGAUCGCAGCGCUUCAUCAGCUAGUAUCUCCAUUUGGCAAGACUGACACAGCUUCAGUCCUGUCGGAAGCUGUUGGAUACAUUAGAUUCCUUCAUAGUCAAAUUGAGGCUCUGAGUCAUCCAUACUUUAGUACGACUGCAUCGGGGAAUAUGAGGCACCAACAGCAUAUCUUGAAUGAUCAGUGCAUGAAGAGAAGAGGAGCUUCGUCUUCGUCCACGGAAAAUCAAAAUGCAAAUGAAGAACCUAAGAAAGACUUGAGAAGUCGAGGUUUAUGUCUUGUUCCAAUCUCCUGCACACUCCAAGUCGGCAGCGACAACGGCGCCGAUUAUUGGGCUCCGGCGCUCGGCUCGGCCGGUUUCCAGUGAAAGCCAAUGAAACUAUGCGACGCGGAAGUCCAACCUUAGCAAAAAAAGAUAUAACAUCACGAGCCGUCAGUCUACUGAGAAACCAACAAAUUGAGUUUCCAAGGCUGAUUGCUCAUGAUGCUAUAUACAAAGUACUUCUUUUAUUAAUACUUUGCUAGAGAAUAUGCGUUUAGCAUUUGGUGAAUAUGCGUUUAGGGUUUCAUCAUUCGUUGUGUUAUCAGAUGAUCAAGCAUUAUUAUGUCCUUUCUUUAGGAAACUGUUUGUUAUAUUAUCGGUUGUAAUUUGUGGUUACUUAUUUUUUUUCUUUUCAUUACUUCCAUGUGAUUUGUGUCGUCACAUUUGCUAAUAUGAUUAUACAUCA